AUGGCUCUUGAGACAAGGCCAAAAAAUUCCCACAAAGAUAGCCUGCCUAGAGUCAAAGAGAAGACAACAAAAUCAAUAUGCAAAGACCUUUCCUUCAAAUGUGAGCAUCGAAAAUGUGAAGGAAUUUUUUUUCCUGUUGUAACUUGGAUGCCUGGGGCUGUUAAGAUGAGUAGGAACAGUCUCCUGCUUUCUCCACAACUCAUGCUUAUUGUAGUAGGGCUUUCUCUGCUGCCAUUGGCAGAGACAUAUGGGUUCAGUAAAUGCACACAGUAUGAAUUUGAUAUUCACCAUGUAUUCUGCAUUUGGAAAAAGAUUACGAAUUUGACAGAUGCCAUUGGUGACAUACCUAGAUAUACUACUCACCUCAACCUGACGCAGAACCAAAUUCAAGUCCUUCCUCCUUAUAGUUUCACUAAGCUGUCUGCUCUGGUGGACUUGCGACUAGAGUGGAAUUUCAUUUGGAAGAUUGAUGAAGAUGCCUUCAGAGGACUUGAAAACUUGACCCUUCUGAAUUUAGUAGAAAAUAGGAUUCAAAGUGUGAACAACUCAUUUGAGGGCCUGUCUAACUUGGAGACCUUACUCCUGAGCCACAAUAAGAUCACUCAUAUUGACAAAAGAGCCUUUGUUCCUCUUGUUAAACUGAAACAUUUGAGCCUAUCUCGAAACUUCAUUACCAAUUUUUCUGUCGUUCUUGAAGCAGUUCAGCAUCUUCCAUGUUUGGAAUACCUUGAUCUUACUAACAACAGCAUCAUCUACUUGGACCACAGUCCCAGGUCACUGGUCUCCCUGACCAAUCUGAGCCUACAGGGGAACAAACUAACAGAGUUAAACUUUUCUUCUUUCUUGCUGCCCAACCUGACCACUCUAGAUGCUUCUCAGAACAGCUAUCAAGUCAUUCAGGAUGUGUAUCUGGAAACUCUGCCCCAACUCAGGAGCUUGAAUCUGAGUGGGACACUGGUGAAAUUGGAGAUGCUUCCAGUCAAACACCUACAGAAACUAAGAGUUGUGGAUCUCAGUAACCGGAUGCUUAGAUAUGGUCACUUGAACAUGAAAACUGUGUGUCACUUCCUCAGAAAACUACCCAUGUUAGAGGCACUGAUUUUUCAGAAAAAUGCCACCAAUGCAGAGGGCAUUAAACAUCUUGCCAAGUGUACCAGACUUUUGUUCCUUGACCUGGGCCAAAGCAGUGACUUGGUUCGCCUUAAUGACAGUGAGUUUGAUGCUCUGCCUAGCCUCCAAAGACUGAAUUUGAACAAGUGCCACCUUUCUAUUGUCAGCAAUAGGACCUGGGGUUCCCUCCAGAACUUGACCAUCCUAGAUCUGAGCCACAACAACUUCAAAAGUUUUCCAGAUUUUGCAUUUUCACCCUUGAAGGGCUUGCAAUCUCUCUUUCUCUCUAGAAACCCCAUCACAGAACUCAAUAAUCUGACCUUCAGUGGUCUGUUUUCGCUGAAGGAACUCAACUUAGAUGGGUGCUGGAUAGUAACAAUUGACAGAUAUUUCUUUGCUCAAUUUCCAAAUUUAGAGCACUUAGAUCUUAGAAACAACAACAUCCGGAUGCUCAAGCGUGGGACCUUUGAAUCUCUGAAAAAGCUUCGGGUUUUGAUUCUCUCACAGAACCAGCUGCAAGUUAUGGAGGAGAGUACAUUUUCUGGCCUCACUUGCCUAUGUCACCUUGACUUGGCAUACAAUAGCUUGUCAGAUUUUCAUGCACGUCUUUUCUGGGGCCUUGAAAAUCUGGAAAUUUUGAAUCUUGGUUUUAAUAAGAUUACAUAUGAAACCACUAGGACCCUUCACAUGCCUCCAUUUAAUAAUCUCAAGUCUUUGAAACAACUCAACCUAGAAGGACAAAAACAUGGGAUUCAGGUUGUUCCAACCAACUUUUUCCAAGGGUUAAGUAGCUUGCAACAGCUACUCUUAGGAAAAAAUCCCAUGGUAUUCCUGGAUCACCUCCAAUUUGAUCCUCUGAUUAAUCUCACAAAGUUGGAUACCUCAGGAACAAAGUCUGGGGACCGAAGUCUCUACUUAAAUGCUUCCUUAUUCAAAAGACUCAAAAUACUUUGCCUUGAAAACAACCACUUAGAGUUGUUGGUUCCUGGCAUGUUCUCUGGCUUGGAGAGUCUUCAGGUCUUCUCUUUAAGAUUCAACAACCUGAAGGUUAUUAAUCAAAGCCAUCUGGAGAAUCUGACAUCUUUGAUGUUCUUUGAUAUCUAUAGGAACAAACUUCAGUGUAACUGUGACAAUAUGUGGUUCAAGAAUUGGUCUAUGAACACAGCAGAUGUCCAUAUCCCCUUUCUCCGGAGCUUCCCCUGUCAGCAGCCAGACAGCCACAGUUUGUUGAUAGAUUUUGAUGAUGCCAUGUGUACUUUUGAUUUGGCAAAGGUCUGCUUCUUCUGUUCUUUCACUCUGGUCCUCACAACCAUGGUAUUCUUUGCUUCCAAGAUGAUUUCUUCUUUGUGGUAUUGGAUGUACAUAUUUAGAGCCUGGUACCUAGCUAAAUGGCACAGAACAGAGAAGGAGUUCAUAUAUGAUGCCUUUGUCUCUUUCACUGCCACUGAUGAAAAGUGGGUAUAUAAAGAGCUUGUUCCAGCCCUAGAAGAUGGCAGCAAGCCCACCUUUAAGCUCUGUCUUCACCACCGGGACUUUGAACCAGGCAUUGACAUCUUUGAGAACAUCCAGAAUGCCAUCAAUACAAGCCGGAAAACGUUGUGUAUAGUCAGUAACCACUACCUGAACAGCGAAUGGUGCCGACUUGAAGUACAGUUGGCCAGCCUGAAGAUGUUCUAUGAGCAUGAGGAUGUCAUUAUCUUGAUCUUCUUGGAAGAGAUCCCAAACUAUAAACUAUCCAGCUACCAUCGACUCAGGAAACUUGUGAAUAGACAGACAUUUAUCACCUGGCCAGACAGUGCUCAUGAGAGGCCAUUGUUCUGGGCUCGUAUCAGAAAUGCAUUGGGCAACAAGACAGUGGAGAAAGCCAAUGCACAGCUGAUUGUUGCUGAGUAACUGAAUGCUUAUAACCUCAUUCCAACCACAUUAUGUUGCCCAAGAUAAGUGUAUGCUGAGUCUGGAUAAAUGCACCCACUGUCCGAGGACAAAGGUGAGAGCUGAUUAUAACCUUGAGAUCCAGGACCAUUUGGACAGUGUUCAUCAGGCAGGUGGAAGAGUGAAGGGGACUUCUCAGAAAACCUUCAGGAGCAGGGUCCCACUAUUUGGAUAUGUGGAAGGAACUCUUAUUUUAUUGAGGAGAGGACUUGGAACACCAGUCACCUGAAAUUCUGGGGAGCAGGAAGGUCCUCAUAUGUGCUUGAGAGCAUUGCUCAGGUACUUCCUUCAAACCAUUCCUGUCAAGGUAGACCACACCAUACUUCUAAGAACCCUUAACAGCAGAAAAGCAUGUACACAUUCAGUAAGAGUGAAACAAACACAAAAGACAAAACAACAACAAAUAAAUAACAAAAUAAUAACAACAAAACAAAAAAAUAAAUAAGGAAAAGUAAAGGUAUUACCUCCUACAUCACACUGGUCUGUGAUUGACGCCUGAAAUAUGCAGCCAUUGGAGUUUUUGCACCUGUCUAUGAUGGCCACCCCAAACGGCCUCUCUAUGAAGUCUAUUUUGUCCCACCUACCUGGGGGACAUUUUCUGCAACUAUUAUUGCUCUGAUAAUUCAGGAAGGCUACUUCCUCUUAAAUUGAUAGAUCUUAACAAAGACUCUCCUUAAUGCUUGUGCUCUGAGUUGCAGUACAAGCUCCCAACAUUUUUCUUUUGGGAGUAAAAUUUCCCAAAGAAAUUUCAACAGAAACAAAUGCAAAGACCAAUUCAUAUUGCUUCCAAGACUGGCACUAUAACUAUGGAUUGUUUUUCAUUUUUUAGAGAUGAGCCCUUGUUGAUUGUAUGUUUUCAGAGUUGGAAGGGGGGCAACUCUGGAAUUAGACAAAAGUACUGUGAAGUCUUGUGGGCAGGAAUUUUGUACAGGAAAAGUGCUACAGAUUCCUAUUUUAUGAGGGACCAUAAGAACCUAAAGCAGAUCAGUUUAUAGUUGGAGAAUACUGCCCAUUUCAGACUUUUCCCUGUGGGAGACGGGCUUGAGCCUAGAGUGGAAGUCCUAAUGACAGCCAUACAGCAAGCCUGAGGCAAUGGCCUGACGCUGGAGCCAUGAGGAAUGCCUUGUGAUUAUUGCUCCAUUUGGCAAGUUGUAGGGCUGACGCUUAAGGCUCACCACUCCCUAGUUGCCACCCCUUGAAAUUCCAGGUUUCAGUUUAUCUACAGCUUGCAGCACA